AUGUACUAAGUACCAUACCAUACGUUGGUUGUACGGUAGAAGUAUCUUUCGUUUUUUUCUUUUUUGGGUUCCCGAUCUUGAAGCCAACAUUCGAAAGACUUGGUGCGGUGCGUUCAUUUUGUGCUACACAUAGAUSGACAAACAUCAAAACGAACGAGCCUGUCCCCGUCUUGAAUCGCAAUCAUGGCCUUUCGUGGAAGGACGAGCGGUGGURUCUCUAGCUGUGGCAGUGGCAGCCACGGGACGAAAACCAAUCUCGACGAAGCUUCUCGGAUCCUUCCAAGACCCGAGCACAAUCGCGAACGGAGGCAAAAGCGCAAGCACACUUUUUGUGGUGUUCCCGUGUUUUUCUUUAUCGUUGCGGUGUGGCUGGAGCUCCAGUGGAACGCGAACACGCACACACACUGCGAGGGAUUUCCCAUUUCGGCGAGGGGGGCCCGGCGUUCCCACCACGGCCUAGUUGGUUCGAAGCCCAUGGGACGCUCGUGGUCUGGCCUCGGAGCAACAGCGACCGAACGCGACAACUCGUCCCACUCCAUCAGCAGCAUUCUCGACCCCGGGGGCGAAGGAAUCCCCGAAGGGUGUUCGACGAAAUCAACAACUUUUUCGCUGGCACUUUCGCCGACCAAACUCUCGAAACGAAAGCGUGCGUGGCGAUUUCUUUCGCAAACUCUCUUGGGUAGGAGCAAGCCGAGUGGGUUGGAAAACAAAGAAGCAGCAUCAACAACAACCACAACCACAACCGCGAGAACGGCCAGAACCCUGGAUUUUGCCUACGACUACGACAUCAUUGAAAUGGAGGCUCCUAUUCCUGCUACUGCCGCCUCGACUUCCAGCGGAGCACAAGAACCCACGACUACCGGAGUUCUUUUGGUUCACCCAAUCGGAGUGGGCAUUGGCAGGUGGUACUAUCAGCGAUUGGUGCGAUCGCUCCUCGCAAAACAAACAGGAUCGUCGAGCGGAACCACUUCCGGCAGCAACCACCAGCGCCAUCGAAUGGUCCUCGUGGUGGCCGAUUUGCUGGGGAGCGGGAGUGCCUGCAACGCCACCCUCUCGGAGGACGGAGUUGCUCCGUCAGAUCCUCCUAUUGUGGCGAACAAGUUUCCCUUGUUCAACAUAUCCGACUGGACCGAUCAGCUUGAGGACCUGAUGGGUACGAUAGAGAAGGAUCGCGGUCCCUCCAACGAGAUCGACCGGUGGUGCGUAGUCGCCAAUGGCGGGUGCUCCCCGAUCGCCCUGCAGCUCGCGGAACGGAGCCAGAGGCCGGGCUGGAACCACGCCGGGGUCGAGAACCUCGUCCUGUCGUCGGUCCCCCGGCUCCCAUUCUUUUUGGAAAACCCGGAAAACGAUCCCCAAAAAGUCGCAAAGUCCUACCGGACGCUGUCGGGGAUUCCCGGGUCGCUCUUUUGGUGGUACUCCUGCCGCAACGAGGGAGCCUUCAUCCAGUCCUUCAGCGAGAAGAACCUGAUCGCCGAUCCGUCCAACCUCGGCCCAUUCUGGCGGUCCAACUGCUACCGGACGGCCGUCUCCCACAACAAACGAGGAAGGUAUGCCACAUUUUCAUUCCUGGCGGGUACCCUCCAGGACGGAUGCCAGACGAGCCUGGAUGCGGUCCGUGGGACAUCCCUAAGGAUCGAUAUCAUCAAGGGAGCCGACACAAGACGCAACCGUGCAAAGAGCUGGUUUUGGCAGAAGAAAAAGAAGAAGAAGGACGCCGACACAACAGAAGAAUCCAGGCAGCUCAAUGCUGCAGAUUUUCCCAGCGCUGAUGCUGUAGCUGCAAAUGUCACUGAAACAGAGCAAAAAACCAAUAAGACCUUUCGUGAAUAUGUCGAACGAAACGGCAAUGGUGGCCGGGAAAUUGUCAUCGGGGGAAGAAUCAGCCUGGCGCAUGAAGAUCCGGACGGCUAUGCCGAUGCCGUUCUCGAAUUUCUGGAUUCGGAAAGCACGUAUGACGAAUAGUUGGAAACGAUUUCGAACCUGUUUUUACUAGCGACAACUAUGUUUUGUGCCACACAACAGUCCUGGCAAACACUGGGAAGAAUACACACGGUUGGUUCACUCUGGUGCGAUCUUAUCAGAAUUCAAACGAACGUCUUGCUGUUGGCCUCCUACACUACACAACUUUGCCAAGGCACAAGCCGGGUUUUCUUAAACAGUCCUUGCGUGAGGCCAAACGUAAAUCGUAGUUCAAAGCACUGGAGACAAAAAACGAGACCAGUUGUUCGUUGAGGUGGAAGGACAGACAGCAGUAACAAAGAUGCUGCAACGAGUAGGUAGUAAGGGUAUCUGUUAUGGAGUUCUCUAUUGGAUGAUGUAAUCCAUGACCACAUCAAUCGUGGGGUCUCGGAGUUACACAAGACUUAAAGCACCAAUUGUAAAAAGUAAUACUAGGGAUGAUGCCUUUUUCCAAAAGAGACAUAACACGGUGUAUCACCAUGCGACGAACUUGGGCUGCUGCUCCAAUACUUUUCGUCAGAAAAACAACGUACAAGAGCGGGUCACGACCUCCAAUCAAAAUGCGAAAGGCAUAUUGCAAUACUGCUAUUAGCACUAAUAGUUCCAAUGUCUUGUAGGAUUACUAAUACCGAUAGGUUACAGUACUUUGUUAUACCAAAAAGCAGGCGGACAGCUCGGGAUACCAAUAGUCCCUCUUGUUAAGGUCGUUGGCAAAAAUGAACGGAGCAUUAUCAAAAUUAAGAAUUAUCAUACCC